GACAUAGAGACGUUCACCGACUUUUGUGAACGUUCGGCGACCGGCCGAACGCUGCUUGAACGAGUAAAGUUACGAUGACUUGAACUUCAGUUCACCUAUAGUUUCCCACGUACCUGCUUUAGUUACGCAACUUCUACGAACCGAAAAAAAUCGGAAGAGUAAAUUGGGGUCACUCCUGGCCCAGUUCCAUCGAACCACAGAAGCUGUUCCCGUGGGACUUCGCUACAUGGCUUCUUGAUGGGCGCAUCACUCUCAAACCAUGUAUAAACUCCGAAGUGUUUCAUGACCACCUUAUAGCGCCGGAGAUCUGGAUUCUAGCACGGCAUCCAACAUGGCACAACUCGAUCUGAAUAACACCUUCGGUGCGCUUUAUAUCGGUGCUACUAUUGGUGCAGUUUUUUUUGGUCUGAGCAAUGUCCAAGCGUUUCUUUACUUCCAGGCACACAAGGACUCGGGAGUCACAUUCUACAAACUUGCGGUAUGCUGGCUCUGGUUUCUCGAUGCCCUGCAUGUCGCUUUCGUUAAUCAUAUGAUAUACUAUUAUCUGAUCACCAACUAUGCGAAUCCGCUGGCGCUCAUUGAGAUGGUGUGGAGCUUUAAGGCGCUGAUACUCGUUGACGUACUCAUUGUGUUUAGCGUGCACCUUCUGUAUUUGCAGCGGAUAUGGAUAUUUAGCAAAGGGAAAAACGUGAGAAUUUUGCCAAUGCUCAUGACGGUUCCCGUCGUCUCUGCCUUCGGUGUUGCUAUCGUUCUGCUUUGUGCAGUAUUCAAGUGCCAUUAUUUUUCGGAUCUGGAGAACAUUCGGUGGACUCUCUACCUGAGUUUAACCACGGUCACUCUGGUUGACUUUCUCGUUGCUUCUUCAUUGUGUUAUCUCCUUGCCAUUUCCAAGACGGGGUUCACUAAAACAGAUAUGACCCUUCGGACGCUCACGAGAGACAUUAUCAAUACAGGAUGUUUGACAAGUAUGUGCUCGAUGGCGUGCAUCAUCACGGAUGCAGUAAUGCCGGACAACUUCAUCUACCUCGGAAUCGAGUUUCUACUGUCCAAAUUAUAUGUGAACUCCUAUAUGGCUCUAUUAAACGCGCGUUAUGAUCUAGGGUUCAAUGAAAGUGCAUACACCCCACAAAGCCGACCUCCACAUGUCUAUCACCCAAAGUUGCAGGUCAACAUUUCGCAGGACAGAUCUUCCCGAACCUCCGAAGCGGACAAGUUCCAGUUCUCUCACAGGGCUCGGGAGCACCCCACUUACUACCCUCCUGCCGUCGUCCGUUCCAGGGCAGCUGAUAGUGGGUAUAUGGCUUAACGAAGGAUCCAGAUGGGACUUGACCAUCCCAUGGAUGCGGUCAUAGAAAUGGAGUCGUUCUCGAUAUAAAAUGAGGUCAAGCCAACCUGUCGGCACCUCUUCCGCCCGGCGC